AUGCGGGAAUGGGUGGCGUGGCGCGAGGAGGAGACACAGUCGCUGCGAGAGUGGGCAGCGGAGCUGCAGCGCCGUGGGGAGCGGGUGUCGCGGCGUGAGGUCUCUCUCAUUGCACGCGAGGAGGCUCUGAAGAGACGCGAGGCGGCGGUGCGCGCGCAGGAGGCGGCACUGCAGGCGGGCGCUGCCCGUCGCAAACAUGUUGCGCGCACAAAUCAGGCGGCGGCGCAGUGGGAGGCGCGGGAGCGAAUGCAGUCGAUCGAGAAUGAGUUGCAGCAGCUGAAGGGCAUCGUGAGCAGCCUGCAGCACGGAGCGGCUGCUUCAAAUGGCACACCAAGGCCCAGCGGUGUAGUGACAAAAGAGGAGGGUGUGGCGCGCACGCCUACGCCGCAUCGCUCCUUGUCGGAGUGCAACGGGGAGCAGGAGAUCUGA